GCGCGAGUCUGCGCAGUAGGCGGGAGUCCGCGGGCGCGUGUGGCCUGGCCUUCUGCAGUCUCGCGCCCGCCGCCGCCGCGAUGGUGAUGAAGGGGCGCUACCCCAUCCGCCGGACCCUGCAGUACCUGAGCCAGGGCGAAAUCGUGUUUAAGAGCUCGGUCAAGGUCAUGACCGUGAACUACAACACCCAUGGGGAGCUGAGCGAGGGAGCCAGGAAGUUUGUGUUUUUCAGCGUUCCUCAGAUUCAGUACAAAAACCCCUGGGUGCAGAUCAUGAUGUUCAAGAACAUGACACCAUCACCAUUUCUACGCUUUUAUUUAGAUUCUGGUGAACAGGUCCUGGUGGACGUGGAAGACAAGAGUAACAAAGAGAUCGUGCAGCACGUCAAAAAGAUCCUGGGGAAGAAGGAGGAAGUCCUCGAGAUGGAGGAGCUAGAGAAACAGAAGCUUUCUCACCCGGCUAAUUUUGGACCCAAAAGAUAUUGCCUGCGGAAAUGUAUCUGUGAAGUGAAGGACAGGUCCCCUGCCCAGCCAUUGUGCCUUUGCCCAAAGAGAUGACUGGCAAGUACAAAGCUGCUCUGAAAGCCAGUGCUCAAGACUGAGGGCCUACGGUAGAGGCUGCCGACUCCCGGGACAUCCGAGCCUGGGCGGAAAGCCAAAGCCUUGGAGACCGAGUGAUGGAGAGACAGGAACUCACAUGGUCUCAGCAGCUGGUAAGCUCCCAGGCCUCCCUCCAGAGCCCAGGAAAGCCUAAGCUCCCUGAGAUUCAAAAAGGCCUGUUUUAGAUGCGAGCACAAGGCUAGAGAGGCAAGAAGACAAGCAAGGCUGGGGGAUUUCAGUGAAAAGACUUAGUUUGCUAAUAAAACACUUUAUAUUGACUUGAUAAAUGUGACUUCCUAGUUCUAGAAGACAAGGGAGCAUUUACAUAAGAAAUGUUUUACUGGGUAGUGAAAAUGAAGAGACUGCCUAGGGUCAGUAUCGUUGUGUCUUGCCCCUCUGUAAGCCUCUUUCACCAGAGCUCUACAUGGCCUGAUUCCAAGUCGUGUCUCCUUCUCCCACUCCCGUACUCUAGUCUUUAUAACCACAGUACACCUGAGUUUUAAGGGCUGCAAGAGGAGCUACGAGCCCAAGUAAUAAUGGGGUUUCAACGUUUAUGGGACAGUGGCAUGAGGAGUCUUCAGAGUCCUCAUGAAAUUUAAGAAUUUGAAUUGCAGGGUUGUAGGGAUGAUAAUCUAGUAUCAGCAUUUCAAGUAAAUUCAGUUUUCUGAUCAGGGCGGAUUUAAACUUCAGUCAAUAGCAAUCUGUCACAUACUAUUAAAUACAUUGGACACAACUGUGUGGAGAUGUGUUCUAAACUGUUACCAGUUCGCUUUUCAAAGUUGGAGUACUCCUUUAAGGCAUUAAAACCUAGAAAUAUGUAAUAAAGAUUUGAUGUUUACCUUCUCUAUGA